AUAUAUCUCUGCUAGUCUGCUCUUUCCGGCGUACCUGACGUGUAAGUUGUUGGAAGCCGGAACAGACUCCGAAAAGGAUGGGAGCCUUCUUCAAUGACGACUUCACAUCCCUUCCGACGUACAAUUUGACGUCCUCCCAAGAUCUGCGGUUCUCCAAACAAGUCCAUGAUAAUGUUCAUGGUAACAUCUACAUUGAUCAGCUCCUUUUGAGGUUUGUUGAUACAGAGCAAUUCCAGAGGCUCCGUGAUCUUAAACAACUAGGAGUGGCAAACAUGGUUUAUCCAGGAGCAGUGCAUUCAAGAUUCGAGCAUUCCCUUGGAGUUUAUUGGCUAGCUGGUCAAGCUGUUCAUAAGCUCAAAGGCCACCAAGGAUCGGAGCUUGGCAUUGAUAAUUUUGAUUUACAAACCGUGAAACUUGCAGGUCUCCUGCAUGAUAUAGGGCAUGGACCAUUUAGUCAUAUGUUUGAACGCGAGUUUCUUCCUAUGGUCACUGGUUGUUCGGAUUGGUGUCAUGAGCAAAUGUCUGUGAGGAUGAUAGACCAUAUUGUUGAUGGGCACCAUAUUGAUAUUGAAUCAGAAACCAUUAAAAGGGUUAAGGAAUUGAUUCUUGCCAGUUCCAAACAUGCUUCGUCAAAAAGCUCUAGUGAGAAACAGUUUUUGUAUGAUAUUGUAGCAAAUGGAAGAAAUGGAAUUGAUGUUGACAAGUUCGAUUACCUUGUUCGUGACAGCCGAGCAUGCGGUUUAGGAUGCAGUUUCCAGUUCCAGAGAUUGAUGGAGACGAUGAGAGUGCUGGGAGAUGAAAUAUGCUACCGUGCCAAGGAUUAUUUAACUAUACACAAAUUAUUUGCAAUGCGGGCUGAUCUGCACAGAACGGUUUACACUCAUGCCAAAGUGAAGGCAAUAGAGCUCAUGGUUGUAGAUGCACUUGUCAAAGCAAAUGGAUAUUUGCACAUUUCAUCCUAUAUAGAGGACCCAUCUGAAUAUUGGAAGUUAGAUGAUACAAUAUUAAAAACCAUUGAGACAACUCCCAACCCAGAGUUAAAGGAAUCUAGGGAACUGAUCUGUCGAAUUCGGAGGAGGAAUUUGUACCAGUUCUGUAAUGAAUAUGCUGUUCCCAAAGACCAAAUAGAACAUUUCAAAGAUGUCACUGCAAAAGAUAUUAUUUGUUCCCAGGUAGGUGCAGGGACGACUCUUGAAGAGGACGACAUUUCUGUAAGCAAUGUAAGGAUAGAUUUGACGCGUGGGAAGCACAACCCUCUUGAAAACAUCAAGUUUUUCAAGGACUAUGAAAGUGAGGAGAAGUUCUCGAUAUCAGAUAAUCGGAUCAGCCAUUUGCUGCCAUCAUCAUAUCAGGAUAUGAUAGUUAGGGUGUACUCCAAAAAACCAGAAUUGGUAGGGGCAGUUUCAGAGGCGUUUGAAAAUUUUCAGUUGAAGACAUAUGGUAUAAAAGCUCAGGUUCAUCCAACACCGGAGAAGAAAAGACGUCGGCACAUAGAUAAUAAGUUAGUAUAGUCACCUCUUCCCCUCACACCCCGCACGGCCACACGCACGGCCACACGCACAUAUAGUUUGCUUGGUUGCAACUUGCAAAUGUAUAUACAUUUUCUGAAAAGGAUCAUCAUUAGAAUGUUUUGAAGGGAAUUCCUAUAGCAAAAGGGGGUUGGCUUGAAUUGCCCUCGAAUAGUUCUUAGAAUUAUAUGAUAUUACUUUAACAAUGCCUGGAGUUGUUGGUUAAUCGGAGUUAUGUUGGCCAUGAAAUGAGAGUAA